UUUUUUGUCCGAUUGAUCAAUUCAAUACUGAUCUAUCCCAAGAGUAGGAUUUCCCAUCCUUGUAGUGUGGAUUGAUGCAUAUGUCAAUACGUGCACGUGCUCAUUUUCGAUUCAGCUGAAAAAUUUAAGCUAAUAUUACCGAAAUGAGUGACGCUAAGAUAAAGAAACGUAAAGUUUCUAAAAAAACAAAGAGAUCUUGGCGCAAACACAUCGACAUCAAUGAUGUUGAUAAAUUUUUAGAUAAUAAAAGGUUAGAAGAAAGACUGGGUGCCCCUUUCUCGAAGCGUGUGGAUUCUCAACUAUUUGUCGUCGACAAAUCUGAAAUCAUCACAAAUGCUUCUUCCAAACAGGCUGCCAGGUUAGCUUUAAAGAAUAAGGAACCGAAAUGUUUUGCUUCUCUGAAGCCACAUACGCAAGUUCCUGAUCCGAUUUCUAAAAGGAAUCAUGUAAGACUCAGGAAAAAGAAAGAAGUUUUAAAGGAUAAAACUCUCACAAAAACUGCUACAAAUUACAUUAAGAAGAAAGAAAGUAAAGGCGAUAUAUGGGCUGUCGCAAACGUAUUGUCAGAAAAGAUAUGGCCGGAAAUAAUUACUGAAUGGAUGUCUUCAGAUAGUGUUAGACAUACGAUCAAACAUUUAGGAGUGCAAAAAAGAAAAUUGCCUUCAUCGUUACAGAAAAAGCCAUCUGUUUUACCAGUAGUAGAAGUGCCACAUCCAGGUACAUCAUAUAAUCCUUCGUAUACUGAUCAUCAAGACUUACUUCACCAAAUUGCUCAGAAGGAAUUAGAAAUUAUGAAACAAGAGGAGCAUCUUGAUCGAGUUACUACUCAGAUGUUUAAAAAGAUUCCACUAAACAAAAGAGAGGAGUAUUUAAUGAAAGAAAUGUCUGAGGGCUUGCCAACAAAGCAAAUAACAACAAAUUCAAAAUUUACUGAAGAAGAUAACAAUGAGGAAGAUUCAUCUAUCACAAUGGCAAGUAAUAAACUUGUGAAAAAUGCCAAAAAAACUCUUGUGCAGAGAAGAAAACAAAGAGAACAGAAACAAGAGGCUAAUGAACGUAUAUUGAUCAAAAUUGAUAAGAAGAAAAUUUCUGAUGUCUACAAACUGAAAAAUUUGCAACGACAAAUAGAGGUCAGAGAGAAGAAGCAAGAACUUUUGCGACAAAAACGAAAGAUGAAACGUGAAAGAGAGUCUAUUAUGCCAAAGGCUCUAAGUAAGACUAAAUUUGAGCCCUUGGAUCCUGACUUCCUGCUUCCAGAAGAGUUGACUGGCAAUUUGAGGAAUUGUAAGUCCUCCACAAAUUUACUGAAAGACCGGUAUAAAUCGCUUCAACAGAGAAGUAUUGUUGCACCAGCUGUCAUAAAAUUGAAACGUGACAAAGCAAAGAUGAAGAAAUUUGUGAAACCAGAUCAUAAAAUAAACCUGAAUGCUGUUAAGUUACGACUUCACAAUAAGGUUUGAUGCUCUUACUAAUAUAUUUGAGAUAUCAUAUAUAUUGUUUUUAUCUAAUAAAAACUAAUAUCUGUAAUCAAAUCUAUUAUUGGAGAAAUAUAUAAAAAUGAGGGAAAGGGAAA